CUUUACAUAGAAACACAAAAAGAUAGCAGAAAUGGAGCUUCAACAUUUUAGCCAUAAACAUCCACUGGUGUUCGUUGAAGAGCGGAGCCAUGAAAGUGACAAGGUAUAUUGCUCAGGAUGUGGGGAGUUGGUGAUUGGUCCAAGCUUCAGUUGUACCGAAUGCGGGUUUUACCUUGACAAGCAGUGCGCUGAGGCACCCCGUGAGAUGAAUCACCCGUUCCAUCGCAAUCACAGUCUUAAUCUUCUAGUAAGUGCACCUUAUAAAGAUGGGGCUUUUAUUUGUGAUUUCUGCGACAAAAUGGGUGAGAGGUUUGUUUAUCAUUGUUCUUGUGGAUUAGACUUUCAUAUCAAAUGUGCUUUGUUUUCAUAUAACAUUGCUGAAAAAAGAAUUGCAGAGUUUCAACAUAUUCCCCGUAUAGAUCCAUUGAUCUCUACGGAAAAUCAAAUUAAAACACUCAAAAAAGCUAAGUGUUUUGCCUGCUGGAAGCCAUUACUAGAGCCUGUAUACUUUUCUCCUGAUUGUGGCUUUUACCUACAUGCAAAAUGCGCUGAUCUAUCAGCAGAAGUCAAUCACCUAUUGCACCAUCAACAUCCUCUCAUUUUACAAUUCAACAGUCAACGUCUGUCUUGCAACUUAUGCCAAGAAAUCCAAAGUCGGGGGCUUGUUUACUGUUGUUCACUUUGCAUGUUCAUCCUUCAUAUUGAGUGUGCUGCAAUACCUACUCAAAUCAAUAAUCCUUUCCACCGCAAACAUCCUCUUAUUCUUCAGUUUAAACAUGACGGUGAUCUCCCCUGCCAGAUAUGUCAAGAAACCAAACAUAAGCAAAUCCUUUAUUGUUGUUUAGUUUGCAAGUUUGCUCUUCACAUUGAGUGUGCAUCACCACCACCAGUUAUUGAAGAUAAAAAUCAUCCGCACCCUUUCAUCUUGUUUUGGAGACAUUUCUCAUUCAUUUGUGAUGCGUGUGGCAUGCCAGGGAAUCAUGUAUCCUACAUUUGUUCUACAUGUGGCCUUCUAGUCCAUAACAAAUGCAUUUCAUUGCCACGCACCCUCAAACACCCAAUGCAUCCUGAACACCCCAUUUCCCACACCUAUUUCCUUGGGCAGUAUGAGGUUGAAUCAUGGGAAUGCAGAAUUUGCCAUCUAGAGGAUGUGAAUUCAAAGCAUGGAGGCUACUACUGUUCUGAUUGCAAUUAUAUUUCCCAUGUGAAUUGUGCAAUAGAAGAUUAUAAUUGGUAUGAAAUUGAUGAGUCUGAAAGAGAUGAGAAUCUUGAAGAAAAUUCAGCAUUAUUGCUACCAUAUUCUAUUGUUAAGGAGACCAAAGAUGGAGAAAAUGUGGUAGCCGCAGAGAUAAAACAUUUUACCCAUGAGCACAAUUUAGUUUUAAGCAAUGACAUCAAGGAUGAUAAAUGUUGUGACGGUUGCGUGCUAACCAUCUUUACUUCUUAUUACUAUUGUCCUCAAUGUGAUUUUUGUCUUCACAAAGGUUGUGCUGAAUUACCUAGGAAGAAGCAUCUUUGGUUUGACCCGCACCCAAAGCUUCAUCCACUUACUUUAGGUGGCAUUUUUCGAUGUGAUUUGUGUGAUUAUGAAACUAGUGGUUUUGCCUACACCUGUGAUAAAUGCGACAGUAGUUUUUGUAUUAAAUGUGCUCCAGUCUCCGACGUUGCCAGAUGUGAAGGACAUAAACACCCCCUCUUUUUUUAUGGCAAGUAUGAAGGAUUGUGCAAUGCUUGUGGUGAUUCUAUAAAUAACGCACACAGAUGUAAGAGUUGCAAUUUUAAUUUGGAUGACAUUUGUCUGACAUUGCCACUUAUAGCUCAACACAAGUAUGAUGAGCAUCCUUUGAAACUCACAUAUCAUGAUAAUAACAACUACUCAGAAUGUGAUUAUUGUGACAUUUGUGAGGAAGAAAGAAACCCAAGUCAUUGGUUUUAUCAUUGUGCAAUUUGUAACAAUUCGGCUCAUCCCAAAUGCGUCCUUGGAAAAUACUCAUUUAUCAAGCACGGGAGCAUUUACAAAGAGGGAGAUCAUACACACCCUAUCACUUUUGUCCAGAAAGUUCAUUAUUAUCCAGAAUGCCAUAAAUGCAAUAAGCCCUGCCUUGAUCUGGCUCUUGAAUGUAAAACGUUUGGAUGCAGCUAUAUUGUUCACUGGAAGUGUAUAAAACCUGAUUCACUUAAAGAAGAGGAAGAAGAAGAUGAAGAGGAAGAAAAAGAGGAAGAUGAGGAAGAAGAAUAAUGUUGUCCAAGGAAGGAUGAGACCAAAAAAUAUUGCUUUUACUGGUUGAUUCUAAACUAUUUGCAGUUAUCUGUAAUAAUUUGUGUCAUAUAUUGUUUGAUUAUAAGGCUUGAUAGAAGUACAUAUAUCUAAUGUAAUUGGAAUUAAUUUAAGAUAUUUCUAUCUCAUAAUUGAAUAUUGCAAGAAUAUUUUAUAAUUGAUUUUGUUAGGCUAAAAAGUCUCAAUCCAAUUAUAUCAGCUGAAGCGAAUCAAAUAAUCAAUCAAUCACACAAAAGAUAAUAAUUUAAUAUUG